AUGAAGAAGGGAAAGAGGAAGAAGUCAGAGGCCAGGCGUCAAGGCUCCACCUCCCAGCGCGCCAGCUCCGAAUCCACCCCCCAGCAGCAGAGCUCAGAGUCCAGUUCACAACAGCCCAUCUCCGGAUCCAGCCCGCAGCCGCCCAGCCCCCGGCCCACCUCGCAACCGCAGCCAUCCAGCCCCGGACCCACCCCGCAGCCGCCCAGCCCCGGACCCACCCCGCAGCCGCCCAGCCCCGGACCCACCCCGCAGCCGCCCAGCUCUGGAUUCACCUCGCAGCCCAGCAAUGAAUCCAGCCCACAGCAGCCUGUGCCCCAGGCUCUUCCAGCUCCCAAGAUCAGCCACUCGGCUCGGGGCGUUGUGGUGUCUCCAGACACUGACACAAAAGCAUCCCCUCAAUCCAGGAAAACAGCAGGGCCUGUGAUGCGAGUGGGCCCACGCCCCUUCUGCUCCUGCUCUACUUGCCCGGGCAGCUCUGCUUGCUGGCGUCGUCUGGGCCUAUGCCACAGCCGCAUCUUCGAUGUCCUUCUGCCUCGGGCCUGGCCGACCAUGCCAGGGAGAGGAUUCCCAAACCUCCUCACCUUCUACAGAAGACCUGCAAGAAAACAUUCCACUCAUCGUAAUUCGCGUGCUCCGAGCCCUAGGGACUGUUGCUGUGGCUCUGGGAGCCCUGGGAGCUGCCUACUACAUCAUUGAAUCUUUGUGAACAAGUCCCCAGGCCUGUGGUCCGGCAGAUGCAUCAGGAAUACACCAACAGACAAUAAUUCCCACAGAGAACAAGCUGAACACCAGCAAACGACCUUGGACACCAGAAAGAACUGCAAAGAUCCUGACAUAACUAGGUAGGACAGAGGGGAAAAAAAAAAAAGGAGAAAGAGGAGGAGAAGAAAGGAAAGGGAUGGGUCCCACACCCUGGGGUGGGGGGAUCUGAAACAGAGGGGAGAUUACCGAAUUCGGGUGGGGAAACCACUUCUCCAAUGGGGAAUUUCCCUGGGUCAGAAGGGAGGCAUUUGGGACUGUUUGAAGAGGGUGAAGCAGCUGAGCUGUGGCAGAUGGGAAAGAGGGAGAAACACAUGGAGGGUCCACACCACAGCUCAGCAUGUCUGGACUGAGACGUCGGUUCACAGCUGAACAGGGGGUCUGGGAGCUGGAACAUGGGAACCGGAGAACUGGUUCAGGAUGAGAAACAUUGUUGGCACUGGGGAGACGGACUGAGAGGACAGGAGGAAAGAAAUCCGCAGUGGAGAGUGCCUAUCGUGGAAAGCUGGGCGGCCAUGGCAGCAGCUCGAUACUGCUGACUCACAAGCAGGGUGUUGGAGCCGUGGGUGUAGCUUCUCUCCCAGUGCCUGUGACGGACAAAGGAAGGACCCCUCUGGGCCUGGCUGAUGCACUCAGGGAUAACAAAGUUCCCGGGCAGGGCUGGCCUAGAGUGCCUGCAGCCGAGAGCCAAAAGCCCACAGAGUGGCCCAGCUCUGGAGACAUUCUGUUUACACCUGAGCUGCUGGUGUCUCUCCGCAACAGGCACCACCACAGCCGACUGAGCCACCAUGACCCAGGCAGGAUGCUCCAGCAGAGUCGUAGCAGAGGGGAGGAGCCGCGGUUGGAGUUACUCUCUCGGUCCAAGGCACCCAAGCUGCCAUGACCCAGGCAGGGCACCACUGCUAAUUCACUCCUAGGGGAAGGAGCCACUAUUGUACCCUCUCUCUCCCCACACACCGCCACUUAC